CUGACUGGGUAAGAACCCUCAGGGUACUGCCGUUCCUCCGUUUCUUCAGCAGGGGAGGAGCUCACACGAUGUGAAGCCCGUGGGACUCACUCUCACGAGUAGCGGGGCUGCUGCAGGAGACGGAUCACGGAUUGGAGCGUACCGGGCGUGACGUCGGUCAUGCGCGUGGCGAAUCGGUGGACAGCUGCGUCAUGAGCAGGAGUGGGAGGAGGAGAUCCUGCGAUCCUUUUCGCAAAGAGCAGGGAAGCGGGGGAGGAGAGAGACGCGGGCCAGUAGCGGCAUCCGUUUGAACUCGGAAAGGGAAUGAGGAAAGAGGAAAGAGGAAAGGGGAAAGACAGCGUUGACAUUCGGUGGAUGGAUGGAUUUGUUGCCAUGGUCGAAUAAAGUAUGAGUGCCGUCGUGCUGCAUCUGGGAGCGGAGCGCAAGCGAGAGGGAGUGCGAGCGGCUGGCUCGAACUUUUGAGUGGAUAAUCACAGUGCCGGUUGCCGGAUCGUGGCCCGUCUCGUAUGCAUGGGCAGCUUUGAUUUGCGAGCAACUGAAAUGAUCUGACGCUGGCGAAUCUUUGCUUCGGGGACCAGCGGAAAAUGCGUUAGGAUAUUGGGGCACUCAUGGGUCAUGAUAAUGUUCCUUCCAUCUCACCAGCGAAGUGGAGAACGACAAACCCUCAGUCUCCCUUCUGGAAGUCAGGAGGGCAUGUUCGGGAUGAGUCUUUCGACAGACCAGAUCUUGGUUGGAAAGCUUUGCUUAAACGGCAUAAGUUUCUCUUGUUCAUGCUUGCCAUUUUAACAUUCCUCUGUACAAUAUAUCUUUACUUCGCCAUCACAUUUGCGACGGUCGAUACAUGUAGCACUCUUAAGGGGAAAAUGAGAGCCCACUGUUACCAACUACAGGGUAAAGAUGGCAGAGUCCAUGCUCAUCAUGGAAGGAGAGCAUUGGAUCUGCGCUCUUUCGAAAUCUCUCCAGAUGAUUUGACCCAAGACGUCUUAUUGGACGAGUGUGGUCGACAGUUUGAGAAUUAUUCUCCUUGCAGGAAUGUAUCAGGAUUUCGAGGUUCUUGUAGGCAACGCAAUGAACGCCCUCCUUUGUGUAGAGUGCCUGCUCCUCUAGGGUAUCAGAGGCCUGCAGUCUGGCAAAGAAGUAAUGAAGAUACUUCAAGCGAAUGGGAGCAAACGAGUACACCAGGUUUCACCUUCGAGAAGGUUCAGGGCGAGGAUUCAUCACAACAAAGCCUUUUGAAAGUCAGGGGUUAUGCUGAAUCUCUUCUUCUCAGUGUUGAUCACGUACAUAGAGUACUGACAAUAGGAUGUGAGGGAUGCAAGAUGCUGCCUUCUGGCUUCAUGCCAAAGAGAGACGUUUCAUCUCUGUCAAUUCUUGGAGUCCGAAGCUCAGGCAUAUGUAUUCAACAAAUAUUGGAUGAAGGGUUUCCCGCCCUUCUGACUACAUUGUUUAACACCAACGGGUUGCCUGCAAACGCAUUCGAUGUGAUACGAUCUGAUGGAUGUGGGGACCAGGUGGAUACAAGAGGUGGAUAUUAUUUUUCUGAAGUGGAUCGAUUGCUACGGCCCGGAGGUUUGUAUUUUUGGAUCCAGGUUGGAAGCGAUGACGAAGAACGGAUCGAUGAGCAGUCUGUCAUGAAGAAGCUAAAUUGGACAUUAUUGGCAAGGUUUGAAGAUUUCUCUGUUUGGAAGAAAGCAGAAGACAAGAACUCUUACAUGAAUUUCGAAGUCAAUGGUCUGGUUGGUGAAGCCUCUGGAGUCAUCAAGCACGCAAGCAAAUUUCUACACAGUCGAAAUCUGGCGGAGGUUGAAGCUCUCUCAACUCUAACACUCGAUUCAAAGUCGCAGCCUUUAUACGGCCCCAGUACUGACAUCUGGAGGAGUAGGGUAGCUCAAUAUUCCGAGUUACUCGGGGAAAGUCUGGUUAGACAAGUGAGGAACGUUUUGGAUUUAAAUGCUGAACUUGGAAGUUUUGCAGCCGUACUCAUGCAACAUCAGCCAGUGUGGGUGAUGAAUGUAGUACCCACAGCUAACCCGGAGAUGCUAGAAUCUAUAUACAAUCGGGGUCUGCUCGGGAUUCAGCACGAUUGGUCUGAAGCAUUUCCUACGACCCCAAGAAGCUACGAUCUUGUGCAUUCUUCACGAGCUUUUUCGUCUUCAAAAGGAGUGAAAACUAUCGACUUGAUACUGGAAGUUGACCGUAUACUUCGACCUGGAGGUUUGGUGAUCGUGAGAGAUUCUGUGAAGACUGCUCUCAAAAUAAAAUCCUUGUCAGGCAGUGUUCGAUGGCGGGUUUUAUUUGAAUACCCCGGGGUUAUUGAGACGGCGGAGUACGUGGUCAUCAUGGAGAAGGAAUCUGACACACGGUGAGUCAGUCUGCCAAGACAGAGAUUUGUUCCCUACCCCAACUGUGUUUGGACGAACCUUCAGAGGAGAAGGAUCACAAUCUAACAUGAUUAUUCAGCGUCUGCUCCAUCUCAAUUGAAGUAUCACCUCAACCAUGAUUCUUUUCCCUCAGUUAGGGAGUGCAACUCCUUUUCGCAGCAAAAGCUUUUUUGCCUUCAAACGUGUUGCAACAGUGUGGGAUUGAUAAACGUACAGGGCCGUAAGACCUCCGAAUGACAGGAUCCUCGCGGUUGACAUUUUUACAUCAGUUCCAACAUUAGGCAGGUAGAAAUUUAUUAGGGUGGAUUGUUAAUAUUGUCUUCCUCAUUGUGAUCAAUGGAAGUUUCCAGUGCCAUGGGAAGAGUACAGUCUCAUGCAUCCAUUCAGUUCUG